AUGCAUGUCUUGCCAAUCCCCAUGAGGUGGGGCCAUGGAGAUAAUUAUUCUUAUUUGAUAAUUGACGAUAAGAGUAAAAGUGCUUGGUUAAUUGAUCCAGCUGUACCAAAGGAAGUGAUCUCAUAUCUCAAGGAACAAAAACCACAUUAUGAAUUAAAAGCCAUUGUCAAUACUCAUCAUCACUACGAUCAUUCUGAUGGCAACGAAGAGUUUCAUAGGAAAUAUCCUGAUUUGCCAAUUAUUGCUGGAAAGGACUCACCUUUUGUCACUUACACGCCAUCGCAUGAAGAGAUUAUUGAUUUGGGUGAUGAUUUAUCAAUUACCGCUUUGCACACUCCCUGUCAUACCCAGGACUCUAUUUGUUAUUUUGUUCAAGAUACCAAAACAGGUGAAAAAGCGGUUUUCACGGGUGACACCUUAUUUAUUAGUGGUUGUGGGAGAUUCUUUGAAGGCACUGGCGCUGAAAUGAAUAAGGCGUUAAAUCAAGUGUUGGCCAAAUUACCCAAGGAUACCAAAGUGUAUCCGGGACAUGAAUACACUAAAUCCAACGUUAAGUUUUCCAAGAAAAUAUUGGAUAAUGAGGCUAUCAAGGCAUUAGAGGCGUAUUGUCAAACGCAUGAACAUACAACGGGGAAGUUUACUAUUGGUGAUGAGUUAAAGUUUAACCCUUUUAUGAUGUUGCAGGAUCAUCAAGUUAUGGAAAAGACAGGAUUGACUCAAUCGGAUGAUAUUAUGACUAGAUUGAGGGAGAUGAAGAAUAACUCAUGA